AUGGUAGUAUCCGUCUCAGAGAGAAAGCCAAAAUCUUCAAAGAAGAGAGAUGAUCCUCGUAUCUUCUUCAGUAACAAUCUUUGUUCUAUCUUCUUCAGAUGUCUUUUCUAUCUAACACUUCUCACAGUUAUCUUCUUCUUUCUUACAUAUCUGUCGUUAUCUUUUACCACCUUAAUAUCCAACAACGUCCUUCAUAUCUGUGUGUCUCGGAAGCUCAACGAUCCUUACUGUCUUACAGAUGGUUUUAAAUCUGUUUUACAAACGCCGACCAAUCUUACUACUAAAAAAGAUGUUAUUGGUAAAGAUGACGCAGUUGGCUCUGAAGAGAAUGAAGAUGGAGAAAAAGCUUUCGGUGAUCAGAACAAGAGUCAAGAUACAAACUUAAAUCAUGAUAAUAAAGAUGGAGACAUGGGUUCUAUACAAAGUUCUACCUUCGCCACAGAGACCUCCAGAGAUGGAGUUUCCAGCAAAGAUACCAAGCGUGAUGGUAUGAGUGUUAUUUCAGUCGCUGCUCGUAAAACCAAGAACGAAUCGGAGGAAGAACAAGACAAUUACAUCAAACCUAAGAAUGAUGGAGAGGGAUACGCGUUAAGGGCUGUGACAAAAUAUCUCCAGGUACAAAGAUCUUGGAUAUUAACUAGGAACAAAACAAAAAAUUUAAGAUCUUGUGAAGGAAAAGGAGUUUACGUUUAUGAUAUACCGUCUAAAUUCAACAGAGAUUUGUUGGGACAUUGCAAAGAUAUGGUCCCUUGGACUAAUAUGUGUAGGUUUUUCAAAAAUGAUGGUUUUGGAGAACCAAUAAAGAAUCUUGGUCAAGGUUGGUUUAUGACACAUCAGUAUGCGCUUGAACCGAUCCUACACUCCAGGGUUUUGAAGCAUCCGUGUAGGGUUUACAGAGAAAGUCAAGCUAAGGUUUUUUACGUCCCUUUCUACGGCGGUUUUGAUGUUUUGAGAUGGCACUUCAAGAAUGUUUCUAAUGAUGUGAAAGACCGGUUGGGGAUUGAAGUUUUGAAAUGGCUUGGAUCGAAGGAAUCUUGGAAGAGAAACGCCGGGAAAGAUCAUGUCUUCGUCCUCGGAAAGAUUUCUUGGGAUUUUAGAAGAAAUAAGCUUGCUUGGGGCUCAAGGUUCCUUGAUUUACAAGAAAUGCAAAAUCCUACAAAGCUGCUCAUUGAAAGACAUCCAUGGGAACUCAAUGACAUCGCAAUCCCACAUCCGACCUAUUUCCACCCUAAAACGGACAACGAUAUCACCAGCUGGCAGAAUAAAAUGACUAGCAAAGCUCGCCGGAAUCUAAUUAGUUUUGCCGGAGGUGCAAGGCCCGGUAACCCCAAUAGCAUCCGGUCAACGUUAAUCCAACAAUGCAGAUCACUUUCCGACCAAUGCCGGUUCCUAAACUGUUCUAGUGGAAGUUGUGAUAAGCCUGAGAAUGUCAUAAAGCUUUUUCAAGACUCUGAGUUAUGUCUGCAACCGCCAGGUGAUAGUCCAACUAGGAGAUCAGUUUUCGAUUCACUAAUCUCAGGUUGCAUUCCGGUGAUCUUUGAUCCAUACACUGCGUACUAUCAGUAUGCGUGGCAUCUUCCGGAGAAUCAUAAGAGGUACUCAUUGUUUAUAAACCAAGAAGAUGUGAAGGAAAAGAGAGUAAAUGUAGUUGAGAAACUGAUGACAAAGACGAGAAAGGAAAGAGAGGAUAUGAGAAGAUACAUUGUUCAUCAUCUUCUGCCUGGUUUGGUCUAUGGAGAUUCAAAUGCUAAAUUUGAUAGGUUCCGAGAUGCUUUUGAUAUUACUUUUGAUAAUUUAGUUGAGAAAAUCAACAAGGUGGUAUAG